CCCCCUCAGCUCUCUCCUGUGAUUGGCUGUUGCCGUGAUCCCUGGAGACCCGGGCCUGAUAAAUGGAGCCCGCCGCCCGGCCUGUCCCGCUCUGUACUCAUCAGCUUCAUCACCCUCCUCUCCCUCACGAUGACCGGGCGAGAGGAGCUCAGCGAAGAGAAGCCCAAAGUGAAGAUGCUGUCCCCGGGCUUCGGGAUCGACAAGAACCGGCUGCACGGCUCCGGGCUCCGCUCCAAAGGCUUCGCCAUCACCGACCUGCUGGGCCUGGAGUCGGACCUGCAGGCGCGGCAGCAGCCCGGCGGCCUCCCGGGAUCGGGGCGGCCGGCGGCGUGCUCCGGGCCCGGGGCGGAGCCGCAGGGCGCGGGCGGCGGCCUCGGUGGGUUCUCCUUCCCGAGCGGGUCACUGCCCCUCGGCCUCGGCUUCCUGUGCAGCCUGGCGGCGCAGCAGCCCGCCGGGACACCCUGCUUCCUCCCCGGACACCUGCCGCUGCUGCAGGCCCGGGCAGACAGCCACUAUCUGCAGAACCUGGAGGCCCAGAGGGACGCCUACUCCGAUGAAGAGUGCCUGUCCGACCGAAACGACUCCAAAAGCUCCGGAAACUCACAGAAGAGGAAGAAGAGGAGACACAGGACGGUGUUCACCUCCCACCAGCUGGAGGAGCUGGAGAAGGCGUUCCAGGAGGCUCAUUACCCCGACGUGUACGCCCGAGAGAUGCUCGCCAUGAAGACGGAGCUGCCCGAGGACAGAAUACAGGUGUGGUUUCAGAACCGCCGGGCGAAGUGGCGAAAGCGCGAGAAGUGCUGGGGUCGCAGCAGCGUCAUGGCGGAGUACGGCCUGUACGGCGCCAUGGUGCGACACUCCAUCCCGCUGCCAGAGUCCAUCCUCAACUCCGCCAAGAACGGCAUGAUGGGAUCCUGCGCCCCCUGGCUGCUCGGGAUGCACAAGAAGUCUCUGGAAAUGGCCAAGAAGUGUUCCAGUCCCCCGGCAUCCGACUCGACGCGCUCCGACUCAUUCUGCGAUGCCUCGGAGCGACGAGGUUCCAGCGAGGCCCGGGAGGCGGAGGAGGACGAGCUAAUGGAGGAGGAGGAGGAGGAGGUGGAGGAGGAAGUGGCUAUUGACCUGUCCAGCUCAUCCAAACAGCAGCAGCAGCAAGAGGAGGGCGGAGUCUCAAAAAGGACCGCCUCACCGCCACGACAGCAGAGCUGCGGUGAAUCAGACAGACACAGCUGAAGGUGGUCUGACCAAUGAGAAGGAAGGAGUUCUGUGCAGGCAGCACUGCGAUGUGAUUGGCUCUUUCAGGGAGCACAGCUAAUUAAAGAAAACAGCCAAUGCAUCACUUGUUACUUUGCAAAGUUAGUAUGCUAAUGCCUAGCUGCUAGUAUACUUUAAUUAUUGUAGGGUCUUUACCUUACAAUAUAAAAGCACCUUGAGGCAACUGUUUGUUAUGAUUUGGUGCUAUAUAAGUAAAAUUGAAUUGAAGACUAACAAAUCUAAGUGCUUAUAUAAGAGUUAAAAUUACAGCAACAAUAUUUUAGUAUGCUGCUAAUAUUAACACAUUAAAAAAUCAGCAGAGAAAUCACUGAUCAUGUUAGCAUGUUAGCUGCCAACAUUUGCACUUAUUUUAUGUGUUAAUAUUUAAGCUCACCGGGUUCAGCGUGCAAAGUUAUGAUGCUAACAUUAUUAAACUCGGCAUCAAAAACAUCAAAGUUCUGAUUUUAGAUUAAAUGUUUAUUUUAAAAAGUGACUUAAACUGCAGCUGGCAGGAAGCAUGCAUAUGUUAAAAUACCAACAGGAAAAUAUGAUUAGUCAUGCUAACACGUUAAUGCUAAAACAUAUGCCAUCAUGCUAUUCUUGGCUAACAUGCUAAUUUAUGUAAACUAGUGUUAUAAUUUUAGGUAUCAGCUAAAAACUUUGGCACUUUUUUAAAAAAAAAAGUUUAAUCAUUGCUUUAAAUUUAGUUUUUAAAGCAGAGGUGGUUUUACUGCCGUUAUGUCUGCAUUACGCAUCAAUACACAAAGGUUUUAGCAUGCGUAUAAAUGUUAGCAUGCUAAAAUAGCCCGACGCUACGACCUUACGGUGCUAACAAAGUUUAUCGUGUUAGAGUGUUAGCAUGAAGCAUGCUAAUCCAUAUUAAUAUACUGUCCCGUGCUAACAGACGUUUCUUUUUUGACGUCGUGAACCAAAGCAGCACGAAAACCACCGCAAUGAUAAAACUGUUUGGCUGCACUAGCCGUGCUCCCGGGAAAGAAAUGCUUAUUAGGGCAACAAGAACCGAUGCCACGGUGGUUGACCUGCCUCAAAGGAUCGGACCAAGUCUUCACUAAAAGACUGUGUGUGUGUGUGGUGUGUGUGUGUGUGUGUGUGUGUGUGUGUGUGUGUGUGUGUUCAUUAAUGUUUUAUAUCCAUGUCUGUUUGGAAUCAGAGAAUAUUUAUUGUUUUAUUCCCAUUGGUUUCUGUGUUUUAUAGUUGGACUGAAACUCUGUGAAUGUAAUUUAACUGUAAUAUUUGAAAAAGUCUCUUCAUUAUUAUUAUUUUAUGUUUGUACAGGGUGGAAAAUAAAAAAAAUAUUUUUGGAAUCA